CUCCUGGACUGUUUUGUGAUCCCAGUGGUGAUUCUGCUCUCCUGGUUCUUCCUGCUGAUCCGGUACAAGGCUGUGCAUUUCAUCGGCAUUGUUGUCUGCAUCCUGGGAAUGGGCUGCAUGGUAGGAGCCGAUGUGCUCGUGGGAAGGCAUCAGGGAGCAGGGGAAAAUAAGCUGGUAGGGGACCUUCUGGUCUUAGGCGGAGCCACACUCUAUGGUAUCUCUAACGUCUGGGAAGAAUACAUCAUCCGAACCUUGAGCCGAGUGGAAUUCCUGGGAAUGAUUGGUCUCUUUGGUGCAUUUUUCAGUGGAAUCCAAUUAGCUAUUAUGGAGCAUAAGGAGCUGUUAAAGGUGCCCUGGGAUUGGCAAAUAGGACUGCUCUAUGUUGGCUUUAGUGCCUGCAUGUUUGGUCUCUACAGCUUUAUGCCAGUUGUCAUAAAGAAAACCAGCGCCACCUCGGUCAACCUCUCUCUGCUCACAGCGGAUUUGUACAGCCUGUUCUGUGGAUUGUUUCUCUUCCACUACAAGUUUUCAGGACUUUAUCUCCUGUCUUUCUUCACCAUCCUUAUCGGGCUAGUGCUGUACUCCUCCACCUCCACCUACAUAGCCCAGGACCCCCGAGUGUACAAGCAGUUCCGCAAUCCUUCAGGACCUGUUGUGGACUUACCAACCGCAGCUCAGGUGGAGCCUUCAGUCACCUACACCAGCCUGGGCCAGGAGACAGAAGAGGAACCCCACGUUCGUGUGGCCUAGCGGGAGGCCCACCCUGCCCACUGAAGACAGAUCAGUGGCCAUGUGUUUGCCCAUCAUCUCUGUAUUGUACAUAGAGAAAGGUAUUUAUUAGGUGCAGUUUACAUAGGUGGACUGCAAGGUAGCAAAUCCUCCAAAAGCUUGUAAAAGGAACAAGCUGGAAAUCACUGGAGACACAGGCUCCCAUCCACCUGACUUGGAGAGAUGCCUAGCUAGUGCGUAUCCUGAUCACAACCCCCCUGCAUUAAUUAUUGUGAAUAUUUUUGAAUCAAAAACAAGUAUUAUUGUUAUUAUGAUUUGUAUUAUUAUUGUUACUGUUAUUACACUGAUUUUCAGGAGGAGGUUUUGUACUCCCAAUAGGAACUAUUGCCAGACCCACACGUAGUCAACAUAAAUCCCUCUUUUCUAUGGCAAGCCACUUUUUAAGAAUCAUACUUUAUUUUUUGCACAGACUCUAUAAGUGAUGCAUGCCACAGGAGCUCCACCCCUGAGAAGUUUCCUUAUCCUAGGGACCUGGUGGCUAAUGGUUUCCUCUGUUACCUGUUGGAUUGCCUGCUCAAUAAGUAUUUUGUGCUGUGACCCUUGUGGGGAGGGGCAACUGACCAUAUAAUUCUCUAUUCUAGGAAUAGAUAUAAAACAAACAUUUUAGCCUUUUUAUACUUCAAUCUCUGAUUACUCCAGGCCAUGCCUUUCUGUUGUGCCAUGCGAUUCUGCUGAUCAAGUCCCCAUAAUAACAGGACAAGGACUGUUCCAUUUCUGUGACUUUCGAGAAACCCCAGAAAUAAUAGCAUUUGUGUUUAGGGUUAGAUAUGUUUUUUAAAACCUUUCAUCCUCUCCCUAUAUCCUUGCUUCAAAAACAAUUUUCCCCCCUAGAUUUCCCUACUAAUAACGUGGAAAUUAUUCAAGGCACUGGAAAAAGCCAUGGUCCUCUGCCCUCCUAAUUAUAUGGAAGCCUUUUUGAAGUACACCAACGUGGAAAUUAUCUUUGCUGUGGAGUAUCAUUGGUUAUGCCACCUCCUAAAGUCAAGGUGCUGAUGUGGAGCAAUCUCUAAUAAUAGCUCAAUUGCUCUGGUCACUUCAUAGUGGUAAUGAUGUCACCAUUGAAAAAGUCUGGCAUUAUGGUCAUAUUUGGCAUCCAUCCAAUAACAGACUAUAUUGACACACAUUCUUAUGGAUAUAGAGAAUAUUACAGUGUCCUGAUAAGGCUUUGAGUGAUAUGUCACUAGUCUAAUCUGUUGCCCAUAAAAUAGCCCUUUUUGCCAAACACAGGAAAUGAAGAACCUUUUUGCCAAACACAGGAAAUAAAGAACCCUUUAACUUAGAAUAGAUUCUGUGUGGCAGAAUGUGAAGUACUCUUUGAAUUUGGCUAACCUAAAUACCAUUCAAAGAAAUCUUCAAUGGAAUAUCAGGAUUUGUAUAAAUGUUUAUGAAAAUUUGGCAAUUCAAAUAAAUACAUCCUAAGCAAGCAAGGCAAAACACCAGUGGGGUAUCCAUAGAGGACAGAGUAGAGCCUGAACAAGACCUUAAGAUGGCAGGCAAACUUAUCCCCUGCUCCUGCUAGCACUCCUGUGGCCAUUUUACCUGACUUACACAGUGUGGAUGGUCCUGUCCCAGGAGACGGGAAGAAACAUGAUCUUCUCUAAUGUGUAGAUUUCAGGGUCAGUUCAGCUCCCUUAAAAACAUGUUUCAUUUUCUAUGGGGGGAAAAAGGUAAAUGUUAAGGUUACAUCAAAUCAAAACACCCUUGCCAACAUCUGCUCUCUGCUACCUUUUAAACCAAUUAAAUACCUUUCUCUGAAUAUUUUGUCCAUUCAGAUCUGAAGACCUUUAAAGACUGUGGUUUUAUUUUUGUGUUUACAUUCCUUUGGUUUGCAUAAUUUGCUUGAUUUAUUGCAUUUUUAGUAUUUAUUUUAAGCCAAAUGUUUUUGUCUCUUCAAUUCAUUCUUAUGACACUAAUUUGUAGACACUUAGUAGUCUUAUGAAAAGCAAGUGGCUGAAACUAUUUCCAUGUCUACUCAGUGGACUGGAAUUAUUUUUUAAUUUAAAUUUCCAAAAUGUUUGCAAUCAACUGAUGGUUAAAGGUCAACACAUGAGUUAUUUUAUAGGAUAUUUUAAUUGACUCCAUUGAAUGGAAACCAAGUGUGAAGGUCAAGAUGAAUUCACUGUAUACCUUUAUCAUUCAGUGUCCUUGUAAUCAGACUUCCAUGUCACUGGGUUACCUCACUGUGUUGGUUUGUCUCCAUUUAGAAAGGCUGGUAACACAUUGAAUUGUCUAAAAUCAUAAGUUCCAGACUGACCCUUAAGGGGGAAAAAAAAGGAAAGAACAAAUUCUUUUUUUGUGUGAAAACAUUGGUCCUUGGGGAGUGGGGUGGGAUAUGGGAAUAGGGCAAUAUUAACUCUAGCCGUUUAGUUUCUGAGAUUUCAUAACCUCAGUAGACACCAGCAAAACUUUCAACUUUUCAAUCCAUCACCACUCUCUCCUCAACAAAGAAACUUUAGCAACUUGUAUAAAAUUUGAUUAAGAGCAAACCACAGCUCUCCUAAACCCUGCCAGAGAUGAGUAGUGGUUCUCAUUCCUCAAUGAAAACUUGCACUGGGGACCGAUCUUGCCUUGGUCACACCUUCCCAUGGCUCCAAACUCUGAAACACACACAUCAAGGGAGACCAAGCAAUGGAAAAAUUUGCACCACUGAAAAUUUGUCUCAUGAAAAUGUUUCAAUGUUUAGUUUAGAUAUUGCUAACUUGUGCUAUUAACCUUUUGACAAGCGUGUAGUAUUAUUUGUUUUGGGUUUAUUUUUAUUUGUAACCAUCUAGUAGUCCCCAGCUAGCUGCCAGUACAGAUUUUACCCCAUGGGUAGGAUUCUAUUGUUAAGCCACAUAACAAAGCACACUAAUCCUGACACUGCAGAUGAAAAAUAUGAACCAAAAAGGAAAUUUACACUGAUGAGUUGAACAAACUGUCCAUUUUUGAUAUUUGCAUGCACCCCUAUGGACUGGCUGUGGCAAUGUAAUGCCUGUAUAAUGUUUUCAAAUAAAAAUAAAUGCUUUAU